CCAGAUGGUACCCGGUUGCGCAACCUCGAUGAAGUUUGUCUCUACUUUAAGAACUCGCAUUUGGCGGCAGUUUCUUCUUCUUCUUUUGGCCCAGGCGGCAUUACUCUGACGGCCUUGUCGACUUGCUUUAAUUUUGACCCAACCGUCGACCCUUCACCCGAUCUUGGUAACUCUGGUUCACAAGGACCAACUCCCGCCACCUCUCUUUCUGGUUCGUUGUCGAAUCACAGUUACAUCGCCGUCCCUGGACCUGAAGAAAUUGUGGCUAAAGAGGAUCAGACAAGCCCUCCUGGUGCUAAGCGUACCUUUACGGCUUCUUCGAUAUGUCGUAUCUCGUUUAAUCCAAAUGCUAUACAUGAUGAGACGAAGCGCUCUAAGUUACUUAAAAAAGCAGGCACUCUUUCCCCUAAAGAAAAUAAGGACGACAAAUCGGAGAUAUCUUUAAAUCCGGAGCAAGUUCUCUCAUCUGGUUGGAUGGCUCAGAAUAAUAGCGCUUCAAACACAGUACAGAAGCUCACUGUUGAUAAUAGUUCGUGGCCGAAUAUUAGGCCCGAAGAGCCUCUGACGUCCUGCGAUUCUUUCCUAAAUCCAACCGCUGGUGAUGCAAGUAAAGCUCAGGCUCGCCAUCAGUCUAUCGCCAGCCAUGCUUCUGAGGCCAUUUUCCACGCUUACUCAGACGGAUCUUUGAAAAUCGUGCAGCCGAAUGAAUCUGAAAUUGAGCGACAUGAACAAGUUGUGAGUCUUCUCGAACGGGCAAUUUUAGCUAUUUGCAGCGCUGAUGAAAAUGCCGAUUCGGUAUCAUUGUAUUCAAAAUACCGUGAUUACCCACUGGCAUCAGCAGAUAAUUCAACGACCGCAUUGGAUAAAUCAACAAGCCCUGCACUUACAUCUGCCCCCAUUUCC